AUGUGCCGGGCGUCUGCGAACUUUUGCCAGGGUUGUGGGGAACACUGGCAAAAGGUCGCAGUUGUGGAUGCCCCGGACAAAAGACAGAAGAGGACAGAGCCAUGGGACCAGAGAGGUCAAGGCUACCCGCGUGGCUGGAGACAGCCCCGCGAGAGGACGGGCCCCUCCGCAUCUCCUCGACGGCGUGGCGGAGGCAAGGGAGGACAUCCGAAGGGUACCAAGAGUGCCGAGCAACAGCCCGGCAAGGGCAAGCAAGGGCAUCCUACUGGUGCCCCGGAUGUUGGACAGCUGCCGGCCCCUCCAAAGACAGGGAAGCCGAAUAAGCCACCUCCCAGCGACAGUCAAGCGAGCUCUUCUGCACCGUCGGAAGACAGGCGUAUGCUGGAACAGCUCAUGGCCCAGCUGAGUAUAACAGGAACGGAGCUUCCUGCCGGCGUUGCUACCAUGGUGACGCAAUUUCAAGCGGAGAAUCACCGCUUACAUGGGCGACAAUUACAUCAAUUGGUCGCCAAACAAACUGCAGCACGAAAGGAGAUCGCACGGCUCGAACAGGAGGCCAGCACUUUCGAGAAAGCUUGGACCACCUACAUGGAGAAACUUUCCCAGUUGAUCGAACAGCAGAUGGAGGAAAGACAGCAGCAUGUCGCUGCCAGGGAGGCCGCUCUCAGUGCCUGGCAUGCGCAGCUGACCGAGGCGACCAACCAGUUGGCCGCCCAGGCAGGAGCCACCUCGACGGGCGAAGCGGACAUGGACACCGCCGAGGACAUGGUCAAUCAGGCCAUCGAGGACGAGGCGGAGCAGUGCCGAGCCAGGGAGCAGGCCAAUCUUCGCUUCCAGGCUAUGCUACAGAUGCUACAGCAGCAGCCUGGCUUGGUCAAGGGACCAAGAGAAGGCUCUCGGACGCCCAGACGACGCAAAGGCGACGAGGCCGAAACGAUCUCUUCGCGAGAUGCCUCGCCUUCUGGACGGGAUGGUACUACGAAGGUCGAGGCGAUAGAACCUGGGGAUGCCAAGGCAUCUGGUGGCAAGGGGGAGCCAAGCACGGUCGGAGUGGUACCAUGGAGCCACUCUGUGCACUCCGACCCUUCCUGUGUGAGCCCCUUUCUCGCACAGUUGAUUGCGCUACAAGCAGAGUUCGAUGUCGCUACCGACAGCGCAUCCGGGGUGUUCCAAUGCCUGGUGGACGAUCGCAUCGAGAUCGCACUUGAGCAGCCGGUUGCUGCCUACCUGGACCCGCUCGAUGGGGUUGUCUCGAGCCAGGCCGGGUGGGACUCCUUCCGGAUUCCCAAGGGGCGCAUGGGGAAGCCCUUGGUUGAGUCUGAAGCGGAGAGCCACCUUGCUAAGACUGAGACUGCUCUGGAGCCGGAUGUCCCGGUAGGUCAGCUUCCAGUGUCCGAGUGCAGCCGGCUCACCUUGAUGAGCCCGAGGUAUGUCGCUUUCAGCACAACGGACCAUGCAACGGUUCGAUCACUGCCGGGCACUGGAUCUCUCGAUGAAAUCAUCUUCGACUUGGUCACUGUGUUCCCCGGGCUUCGAUCCGUCAAACUGCUACAGCAACGCCUGGUCGGAUACCCGGCAGCGCAAUUCGCUAUCGCCACUCGAGAGGACCUGCCUGCUAGCAUGCCUGUUCCUCUUGAUUUCCGACCAUUGCAAGGACGGGUAUGCACCGUUGCACUUGAGGCUGGGUGGGAUGCCUCCCGCCUGCGUUCCUGCUGCCUUGCAGCAUGUCCCUCCGAGCGGCUGCCUGUGGGUUCCUUCGAGUUCUUGACGCCCAAGGGUGAACCCUUCCACGAGGUUGGAGACCAAGUUUUCGACUUUUUGAUUUCUGGGGGUGCAGUUGUUUCUGAUACCGAUGCAGCUGCCCUUAUGCAGCUCACUUGUGCGCCCUCAGUUAGCCCCGGCUCCCUGCUCAAAGGCUAUGCUGCAGAACCAGGACGCAAUUCACUCGUUAAGCUGCGAGAGCCCAGAGAUUUCGCCCUUCACCAGGCCAAAGGCAGACGGGUGCCUCUCCUGGUGCCAUCGGGCCCAGCUGCAAGCAAGGACAGAGGAGUCCUUCGACCGACUGAGGUUGCGUUCAUCAGGGCCGCCAGAGCCAUGGUUUUUCCACCGGAUUUAGACGGCACUGCCCUCUACUUCCCUCUGGAACGCAUCAUCGUUGAAUUGCGGCCCAGCAUCGACUCUCAGGGGCGUGGCCGCUACACUGUCUUCGAGCCGGGAGCGAGGCCUCGAGUCAGAGCAUGCGGCGCCGACUGGGUCCUGGGUGACUUCGCCGCAGAUGCGGCUGGUUCCGCUACCUUUUCGGUGAGGGCAAUCCAGUUUAUUACGAGGCCCAUUGCUGGAUAUCCCAUUCCCCAAGUCAUUCUUUCUCCAGCCUCUGCUCCUGUUAACCAUUUCGCAGUCGUAUUCGAUCUUCGGUGCCAGGGGCUCGAUGUUGUCACUGCAAGCGUGCCACCGGUGCUCCCUUUACAGGAACUAGAGCCCUACGUUGCAGCGGGAGCCCCCAUACCAAGCCUCAUGCGAUUCAGACAGGGCCCGCCUUUGGCUCUCAUUGAUUCGGCUGGGCAGCGUCAUUUGGCCAUUUCGGCGCCAUUGGCACAGUAUGAGUGGGUGGUCUUGCAAUUUGUGAUGCAGGACCAGGACAUGCCUGUGACUGUCGCUUGCAGUGAAUCCGAAGCUGCGCGGCUCCGGGAUCCAGGGCGCACUUUGCGCAACACUUUGCCCGCACCUGAGCAGACGCGCCGCCGAGAAGCAGUCUUGCCUGGGGACCCUCCUCCAUCGGCACACACACGGCGCAUGGCCAAUCCUACUGCAAGGCCCACCUGCGAAUGCUUUCCCACGGAGAUGUUUGACAAUGAACAAGGAGUGGCUGAAUCCCUCCAAUUUGCUCUCGAGACCAUGACGGGGCGCAACGGCGCGCCUUGCUUCCCCUUCACGGUGUUCGCAUGGCAUCAGACGCCCCGUCGCCUCACCGCGGGCCUAAGCUGGACCUUGCACCAGCUUGCACUUGCGGCACAAGCAUCUGCUUGGGACGACGCCACGCGUGCUGUGCAUGUCUUGCAGUGUCCUCUCCAGGGAUUUGCCUCACCGCAGCUUGUGCUCACACCUGUCGAUGUAACUGCACCUUGGAGAGUUCUGCCUGUUGAUCUCAGGCCUCUCGGAGGAUUGGUUUUCCCCAUUCCCGUGGAGCCAGAAAUGCACAUGCAGGACGUUCUCGAGUCCAUUGUGCCCUUCACCACCACUGAUGUCGCUGUUCAGCUUAGGCUGCAGGGCCAUGAAGCGCCUUUUCUGCAAGACCAGUUCGGCGCGGUGUUGAUCAGCUUGCCAACGGACCUCAGCCAGCUCGAUUGGGCUGUGGUUAGGCCUCGUAGGGGUGGACCGGCACUCGGACAGUCGGGGGUUAGCACUACCAGUACCACCACCUUGAUGCGUCUCAGGGAGGAUGAGACCCUCAGCUUUGCAUUAGUUCAUGGUCCGAAAGUGUUGCGCACCUCGCCUCUUGUUGUUCGAAGCUCGCGACCAGAGCUUGCGCUCGCCCUUCUGGUUGGCACCUAUGCUCGGCAAACAAGGCUGCCCGAUGCCGGCACAGUGCAGUUGACUCAGGCAUUCCCCUUGAGGGAAGAAGGGCGUUUCCUGGUGCCAUUCGUGCUCACCAGUGGAUUCGAAGAAAUGGUCGCUGUGAUCAUCGACACAACUUUGAAUGGACGAGGCAUGUACUCCGUUGAAGCUCCAAUCGGCACUUGGCCGGAGCAGCUCCUCACUCAGGCGCAAAAGGACCAGGAGUUGACCUUCCUUGUGAAUGGCCUUCCCAUGCAGGCUAUGAGGCGGCCGAUCGAGACAGGAGACUACCUACAGCUGGUCCAUGUGAAUGCACUUGGACAGCCCUCUGUCACCCCGGCCACCUACUUGAUGCAUUGUGUGCAGUCUUUGAGACUUUGGUCCUUGCCAGUUGCCUUUCCGCCGCUCACUCAUGUGAAAGGCCCCCUUGGCACCGCGCUUGCUGAGCGCAACAACAGAGCUUUUCUUAGGUUCUUCGAAGAGCUCGCCACUAGACGCACCAACAUCUUUGGCAGAUUUGGCACAGGGUGCAAUUCUCUGUGGCUCUUGAGUGCCCGACACCCUCCUUUCCAAUUCGCCAUCGAGUCGCCAUAUCGACCUACCCUCGAAGAAGCUCAGGAGGUCUUUCGGGCAUCCGGCAUUUUCACAGAUGCUGACAGAGUCACUGAGGCUGAGCGUGCUAUCAGCAUUGCCGGCACUGCCUUCGUUCGCUUUCGGGACGAUGAUGUCUUUCUCACCGUCCUCAUGCCAGCACCUCUGCAGCCUGAGUUCUUUCACACUGCGGCUAUCUCACCUACGGCCCCCCGAGUGGCAUAUUCGCUGCUCGUGCCAUCUACGUCGGCUCCUGAAAAAGCCGCACGCACGCGGCCGCGGCCUGCGUCACUUUCGGGAAGUCUCAGCCUGCUCCAGACCAAGGCAAGGCUGCAGCGAGUGUCUGUCGCUACGCCAUUUGGAAGACGGGCUCUUCCUGCACUUGCUGCUGGGACCAGGGACUUACCUACCGAGCGUACUGUUCAGCGGCCUCCGACAACGAAGGUCAAGAUUGAGCUGUGCAGCCUUCUUCCCGAGGCGGGAGAUAGCUCCAAGAUAGCCCCCGGUGAGCAGGGGCGACAUGUGAGUGUACGCUUUGGGGCUACUCUUGAGAUGUUCGAUUUCGUCUUUGCCCCUUUUCGUGCUGAGAUCUUUGAUCUUGAUUGGGGCGACGUGCCUGGCAUUCAGCAAUGCUCCUCUGACUUCGUCAAGCGACUCCCCAAGGCCGACCGAGGCAGUCGCAUCGAGGCGCUUCAGCUCUUUGUCGAUGGCUCGUAUUUCCCAGAUCAAGGAGAGGGGGCCCGCGCUGGCUGGGCCAUAGUCGCCCUUGGCUUGCAGCAAGGCACGUGGUGUUGGAUUGGGGUCUGUGCCACUUCGGCCUCGGUUGCCGGAUCUGCCAACACUUUUGAUACCCCGGUCGAGUCAUGCUUUGAGGCUGAGUUGGCCGCCAUCGGCUAUGCUCUCGCUGUUGCGAUCGCCAUGCCUGUUCCCGUUCUGAUCGGUUACGACUCAACAUCGGCUGGAGAUCUCGCACAGGGAUUUGCAGCUGCCAGUCAACAAACUGCCCUCUCGGAUGCGGUUGUUUCCCUCGCUCACCUGCUUGAUGUGCUUGGACGGCGACCCAGGUACCUGCACAUCCGCUCGCACUUACAGCGUCCGCUAAAUGAACUGGCAGACCAGGCAGCUAAAGGUGCAGCACGGCAUUCGAUACAAAGCGGGAUUCCUGAGACGCUCGCCGACUCUGUGAAGGAUGGUGUUCUCAAAUGGUUAUGGGUUGCCAUUGGGGCAAGUCCAUCCAUUCCAGCUUUAAACUCGAAUGGGUGCAUGACUGACGCCACUCCUUCCUCAGCGGGACCCUCGCUUGAAACUGUGCUUGGGGAUCCGCCUCAUCGCGGGGAAGGUACCCUCCGUUUCAAGGUCUGCACCUACAACUGCCUCUCUUUGGCAUCUCAAGCCCAGAAGGAGUCGCUUAGCAGACAGUUCCUUCAGCUCGGCCUUAGCAUCAUUUGUCUUCAAGAGACACGCUGCAGCUGUGCGGCCCGGCAACAUCUGCCUGACUUUCACAUUCUAGGCAGCGAUUCUCACCAAGGCCAGUUAGGAUGCCAAAUCUGGUUUUCCAAGAAGGUUGCAGUCGGCACCUUGAAUGGCGAUAAGUUACAUUGGGAUCCGACUGGAUUCAGUGUGGCUUUGCGCCGGCCACGACUCUUGCUGGCUUUCGCCAGGCUCGGGUGCUUCCGCAUUGCAAUAAUUUUGAAUGCACACGCACCUACCUCCCGUGCGACUGCUUGUGAGCGCAGGGAGUGGUGGGCAGCUCUUCAUCAGGCCUUUGCCAUGAUCCCCUGCAAUUGUGUGCCACUUGUGUGCAUCGAUGCCAAUGCUCGCUUGGCUUGCCCUUCGGGUAAUGCUUCUGACAAUAUUUCGUUGUUCCAAGGCUUCCUUAGGCGGCACGAGCUUGAGCAUUCUGAUUACUUGGACAAAGAGGGACGAGAGCUUGCCACCUGGAUCAGUCCCAACGGACACGGAGCUUGCAUUGACUAUGUUCUCUUUCCCAGGGCAAUUGGAGAAGGUGUUCGCUCCUUAGGGCCCGCCACUCAUUUUGAAGGCAUAGUCGACCAUGAUCACCGGCCGGUGAUCGUCGCCCUGGACCUGAGGCAAAAAGUCUCUCGUGCGGCUCCUCAGCCCCGGCUAGACUUGCAAUUCCUGCGAACUCCGCAAGGAAGACAUGCACUCAGUCACCUUCUCCAUGGUAUGCCUGCAGUGCCCUGGGAGACUGGGGUUGAUGACCAUCUUGCAGCCAUCAAUACGCAUAUUAGCAAGGGACUUGCUGCGAUCUGUCCCAAGCUCACGCACUCGGCUCGCAGGCCUACUACCUCAGAGGCCACCUGGCUCUGCAUUCGACAUCGGCGAGAGCUGCGGCGGGACUGUCACCGCCAGCGACUCCUCUCUCAGCAAUCGCUGUUGCAAGACUGCUUCCAGACCUGGGCCGCGGGCAUGCGUGUGGUCACAGUGGAUACGCAUCUUCAGGGCCUCCACCAGGGCCUAUUGAGCCUUCAGAUCAAUGCUGCCAGUCGGAGUGUUGCCCGGCUGGCCAAGCAGGAUGCUGCUGCUGCCACCAAGCAGCUUUUUCAGGAAGCCCAUCAACAGGGACCUGAAAGUCUCUUUCGGUUGUUCAAAGGGGUCAUGAAAGCGGGCAGAGGGUACAAAAAGCCCAACCUCUCUCCUGCGUUGUUGCUAGCUGAUGGAUCGAUAGCCCAAGACUCCCAGACAGUUCUCGGGCAGCACUUUGCGGCUGCCGAGCGGGCCACAUCUAUCAAGGCUGCUGACAUCCGAACCAAGCCAGCGAGGGAGGAAUGCACCGUCCUUCAAGCCAUUGACUCCAUCUGCCUGCCUCGCCUUGCUCAUGCAUUUGGCUCUAUGGCCACCCGUAAAGCAUCCGGCCUCUCGGGAGUUCCCUCUGAGAUCUUCCGUUUCGCCCCCGGACAGGCGGCUGCCGUCCACAUACCCUUGAUCUUGAAGAUGAUGAUGAGGUGUCAAUCGCCCUUGCUUUGGAGGGGGGGGCGUGCCGCUCCCAUCGAGAAACCUGGCAAGAGCUUGACAACGCCAGGUGGCUGGAGGUCGAUCAUGCUUAUGGAAGCCGGAGCCAAAGGCCUCGGCGGGGCGCUCCGUCAGGAGUUGCUCCGGGGUUUUGAGGCUGUGAGGGUUGAGGGGCAAGUAGGAAGCAGACCCAAUGCGCCUAUGCAAACGGCGAUGUCGCAGGUCAGAGGUUUCCUCACCGAGCUACACGACAAACGCCGAUCAGGGGGGGUCGUAUUUGUUGACGGCCAAACCGCAUUCUAUGCGACCAUCAGGCAAGGCCUCGUCGGUUGUGAUGCUGACUCCACGCUCGAAUACCUCAGUCGACUGGCUUGCAUUCUCUUUCACACAGAGGAGGCCAGAGACCGAUUCAUCGCCUCUGCGCUUGCCCAGGACUCCUUGCCAGAUGCGAUGUGCAGCCAGAAGUCCGACGCAUUUGAGACACAUACGGGGACCACCCCAGGUGCACCGUUGGCCGAUUUGGCCUUCCAAUAUGUCUUUGCCACGACUCUUGCGAAGCUGCGGGACAGGCUUGCAGAGAUCGGGUGCUCAGCUCGGGUUGGAGUGCACAGAGACAUCCAGGUCCCGGCACCUACGUGGAUGGACGAUCUUGCAGUCCCUUUCGCAACCGCCUUUCCGGCAGAGGUCAUCCCAACCGCGUCCCGCAUUCUCAGUGAAGUCGCGGAAGCCUUCUGCGACAUUGGCAUCGCGAUCAAUUGGGGGCAAGGUAAAUCCGAACUCCUGCCCAUUUUUUAUGGACCAGGUGCACGGUCCCAGCGAACUCAAUGGUGUGCUUCCGAGGGUGCUACCUUCCCUGUGGCCCUUCCUGGCGGGGCUUCCAUCUCCGCACACAUCACACCUGCGUACAUCCACUUAGGAUCCCUGGCAGACAUCAAAGGUGGGGACGCAGAAGACAUCCGCCGCCGGCGCCUUCUGGCCAGAGAACUUCAGGCACCUUUGAUGAAGCUUCUGUGCAACCCCUUCUUGGAGGCUAGAGAGAAAGUUGACCUUCUCCUCUCGAUGCCAGUGGCAAGGUUCAAACAUGGUGCCGGUCUUUGGCGUCUCGAAAAGAAACGAGAAAAAGAGGCGUUUCAUGCUGGCUACAUGGAAUUACUACGCAGGGCAUUUCGGCCCAUUGUGGGCUGCUCCACCAAAGGGCUUCAGGAUGAAGACAUCUGCGAUGGACUUGGAGUUCUCAAUGCCGAAGAGCUCCGCGCCAUCGAAGUGCUCCGGCAUGCCGCAUGGUUAUGGGCCGAUGGCUCAGAAUCCAUUCAGGCUCUCUGGUUCCAAGAGGGUCCUUGGUUUGAAGAAGUACGGGCUGCAGCUCGACGAUGCGUGCCGGCAUCUUCCCGCUGCACUGAUCCCUGGGGACUGUUGGCCGGCCAGCCGAGACUUGCCAAGAACUGGAUCCGCAACUACGUCAAGCAACGGCGAACCGAGCAUCGGGCACGCGGGGAACUUCUGUUGCCCCUUUGGCAGUCCAUGGACUCAGCCAGGCAGCAUGGUUGGAUCUUCUGCACCUUUUCGGGAGAUCCCCAUGCCGACAAUGCCCAUCAGUGCCCUGUCUGCGCAAAGACUUUCCGCACUGCUGCAGCUGCGGCAGCUCACUCCAGCAAAGCACAUGGCAACCUCGCCAAGGCUCGGCUCCUGGCCAAUGGCAGCAAGUGUGAGGUUUGCAGCGUCGAAUUCUGGAGUACCCACAGACUCAUCGAGCAUCUGCGCAGAUCUCCAGACUGUCUCCAUGUGUUGGACUCAGAAGACUUGGAGGCCACUGAGAUCUCUACUCAGAAACACCAUUUCGCCUGGCCGCCUGCAGCCGUCUCCCUGGGAGCACGCUCCAAGGAGCUACCGACUUUUGUCAAGUCAAGCCCUGCGCGGAGCGCGGGCUGGACAGUCUUUGAUAACUGGGCCGUUGUGAGGACUGUUUGCCGCCCUGAUUAG